AUGGGUGGAAGUCAUAUCUUCGUAUCAUGUGCACUAAUCGACAUGUACAACAAGUGUGGAAGCAUCGAGGAUCCUCAAUGUGUGUUUGAUGAAAUUCUUGAGAAAACAACAAUGGGUUCGAAUACAAUCAAUAUAGGGUACGCCCUUCAUGGAUACAGUGAAGAAGCUUUAGAUCUCAACUACAAGAUGCAAGAUUCUGCUGUUAAAAUAGACCACUUCACUUUCUCAAUGAUAGUAAGAUUGUGUACACGAUUAGCUUCAUUAGAACACGCCAAACAAGCACAUGCAGGCCUCAUCCACCAUGGUCUUAAUCUAGACAUAGUUUCCAACACUGCAUUUGUUGACUUAUACAGUAAAUGGGGAAGAAUCGAUGAUGCACGCAACGUGUUUGAUAAAAUGCCUCAUCCACCAUGGUCUUAA